AUGAUUGCUACCACUACAGGCGGCUGGCUCUUCAACGCUUCCAAGAUUCUAGAGUACAUCAACCGAGAAAGGUGGGACCCGAUCGCUGCCGAGGAACGCGACUCUCGCAAGGCCCUAAAGCUUGAAGGAAGCGCUUACACUGCCAAGGGAGAACCGACAGAUUCAUGCCUCGUGGGGAUUCCCAGGAGAGAUCAACCGCCCGUGUCGGGCCGGCGCCAUAUUAUUGACGGGGCUGCCGGAUGGAUUAACGUCCUUUGCGCGUUUGAGACGAUGAGAAGCGCGCCUGAUAGUCACGAAUUUCGUCUGGAAAAUGGGAGGCUACGGUAUGUUCAUACUAUGACGGUGAUGCAAGACCUCGAUGCUGGGGUGGACGAGGAAUAG